AUGAAGUUAUCCCUAUUUUGGCAACUACUAUUCGUGGCCUCGGUGAUUGGCAAUGUCGUUCUAGCCUCUGACCUGGCCUCAUUAAUAAAUAGACGCCAACAAAAACUCAUCGAAAGUUCUAUGGACUUGAAGGCGGACCCUUGUGAAGAUUACUAUCAAUAUGCCUGUGGCAAAUGGGGUCAACAUAUCGAUGGUGCUGGAAGUAAAUUCUACGAAACCCUUACCAUGUUGGAUUAUCAGGUCAAUCGUGAGCUAUCGCAUCACAUGGCCAGACUGCGGUUGAGAAAUGGGCCACGCUUUGUCCGCAAGGCCUACGAAUAUUAUAAAUCGUGUGUGGAUGUGGAUCGUUACAAGCCGUUGGAAUAUUUGCGUUGGAUGAAACUGCAUGAAAAUUUAAAGUGGCCCACAUUGUGGGCGAAUCCCAAACCGAAUAUCGAAUUUGAUUGGGUACGAACGUUGGCGGUAAUGCGCCGCUAUGGCAUGAAUGGCAUACUUAUCGAGGAGGUUGUCUACCAAAAGAAGGAUGAUCCCAGUAGACUUUCUUUGGAUUUGGAUAAGCCUGUGGAAAGUGGUGGUUUCGUGGCUCUGACCAAGGAAAAUCUUAGGGUCCUUAUUGAAUCGCUGGAUGUGCCAAUGAACUCGCGGACAUUUGGAAAAUUGUGGCAAGAGAUACGGGAUUUUGAAGAAUUGCUUUUAAAACUGGACGAUAUAUCCGAUGAGGAGGGCAGUCGUUUGAUAACCAUCAAAGAAUUACCUUUGCCAUGGUUAAAUACAUAUUUGGAAAUUAUUUUAGAACAAACUACGCUGGAUCCAAACAUGGAACUAUAUAUACAAAAUAUACCCUAUUUAGAGGCAUUGGAUGCAUUGCUGCAGGAAUACGACAAUCGUUUCAUUUGUAAAUAUCUAGAAAUACGUUUCCUAUGGCAUGUGCACAUUAAAGGUCCCGAAAAUUUCAUGGAAGAAGAUUGCAUGUCCUCUACGCGUAGCCUCCUGCCGUUGGCUAUGCAUUGGAUCUAUGAACAACAAAAACCAGAACUUCUUCAAGAGCAAAGUAAAAUUCAUGAACUCUUUCAAAAUAUCAUUAAACAAUUUAAGAAACAAUUACAACAAAACACACAUGGGUUCAAUGAAACCAUACUCACCUAUCUGCUAAAUAAAUUGGAUCACAUUCAAUUGAAAAUCGGCAAUUUGCCACGAAUCAAUACCGUUGCGGUGUUGGAACAACACUACGCGAACUUGACAUUGAAUGUCAGUGAUUUUUAUGGAAAUCAUUUAAAGCUCCUCGCCUUUAAUUUUCGAGCUGUGCAUUUGGCUAACAACAAUACCCUGUCCACCAAUGCCAGCCAUUAUUUCCAUCUGGAAAAUUAUGAAACGGGAUCCAGUUCCUCGCCCUAUUUUAUACAACGUUCGAAUAUUGUCAUUAUACCCGUCACAGCGCUGCAGCGACCAAUUUAUCAUCCCAGCCUUGAGGAUAUUUAUAAGUAUAGCUCCCUGGGUUUUCUACUGGCCCAUGAAAUUCUACAUGGUUUCGAUUAUACCGGCCUGGAGGUGGAUAUCAAUGGUAAACUGAAUACAGCCCAAUAUAAUAACAUUUUGGCCAACACUAACUUUGAUGACAACUAUCAGUGCCUACGUCAAUUGAAUCCCUAUGUCAUCGAUGAAAAAAUUGCCGAUGUCAGUGGUCUGCCUUAUGCCUAUGACACCUUUUUCAGUCUCUAUCCGGAGGCAUUGAACAAAACGAGGCAGAUCUAUGGCAUUCAAAUGCCUUUGAAGAAAUUGUUUUUCCUUAAUUUUGCCCAAUUCUUUUGUGGCAUUACAACGUCAGAUUCCGAUGAUUAUUUGCUUAGUACCAGUGAACAUGGCAUGGGCAGUGAUCGGGUCAACGAUGCUCUGACACAUUUUCCCGAGUUUGCCAAAGAAUACAAUUGUGGUGCAGCGAGUCGUUUGCAGACAGCGAGAAGUUGUAAUUUAUGGCGGCGUUAG